AUGCCGGAAUGCCCGGACCGCGGGGCCAAGGCGGCCCCCAUCCAUCAUAAAAUCUCCUUCUCCAUCUUAGACAUCCUGGAUCCCCAGAAAUUCAGCAAGAGACGCGAAGCGGCCGAGGGGAGCUGGGGUUCGGCCGUCCCCGGCACGGGCGAGCGGGAGAAAAGUUUGGGAAGAGUUGAAGUAGGAAAAGACGCUGCUGCUGCUGCUUCUCCCGGCAGCGGGAGGAAUAAACUAGAGGCACAUGAUGCGGAGAACAACCCCGAGGCAGCGGGACAGGACCGCGACGAGGAAGGUCCUCCCGGGGACAGCACCGGCACCGGGUCAGAGACCGAAGCCGGGUCCCAGCCCGCCUCCCGCUCGCUCGGUACCGAGGAACCGGGCUCUCCCCGGGGCUCCCGGAGGCGGCGGGCCGAGACGGGCUGCGGCAAGCCCCGUCGGGCUCGGACGGCUUUUACCUAUGAGCAGCUGGUGGCCCUGGAGAACAAGUUCCGAGCCACGCGGUACCUGUCGGUCUGCGAGCGCCUCAGCCUGGCCCUCUCCCUCAGCCUCACCGAGACGCAGGUGAAGAUCUGGUUCCAGAACCGUCGCACCAAAUGGAAGAAACAACACCCGGGAGCGGACGGGGCGGCCGCCGCUCCAUCCCCGGCGGCGGCAGCGGGGAGCGGCAGCCCCAGCCCGCCGGGUCCCGGAGCUUUGCCCUUCCAGACUUUCCCUUCUUACGCCGCCGCCAACGUCCUCGUCCCGUCCGCCGCCCCCUUCCCGCUGGGCAGCGGCCCCUUCGCCCCCUUCCUCGGCCCCGCGUACCUCGGCCCCUUCUACGCCCCGCACCUCUGA